AUGUCAUUACCAUUCCUCUGCUUUUGCUUGCCCUUCUCUCUCCCCCAGGGAAAGCAUGCCUUUCACAACUAUACUGUGCGGAGGCUGUAUCGUGAGAAGCAGAAGAAGAGAGCUGGGGAGGAGAGCGAGGAGAAGGAAGAGGGAGAGAGGGGGAGAGAUGGCGGCGACAGAAGGCUGAGAAGCGGAGGGGCGUGGGGUAGAGGCAGGGAGAGAGAAAGGGGAGCAGGAAGGGAGGAAGGGGAGGUGGAGGGAGACAGAGGGGAUGGUGGAGAGAGGGCGAAUGGCAGCGACAGAAGGCUGAGAAGCGGAGGGGCGUGGGGGAGAGGCAGGGGGAGAGAAUGGGGAGAAGGAAAGGAAGAAAUAAAGGUGGUGGCAGGUAAAGAGUUAAGCGAUUUGGAGGAAGAUGGAGCAGUGAUGACAGUUGAAAGAGAGGCUGAGAGGAUUGAGAGAGUUCAAACCAAGUUUGUUGCAGGCGGGUUGAACUGUGGCUUGGGAGACAAAGGAGGGGUGCAAAAGGGGGCGAAUAUAGUAGAAGGGGUAGGGGAGCAAGAGGGGAAGGGGGAGGAGAGGGCAGAGAGGGCGGAGAGGGCGGGGAGGAAAGCAGUGUGGUUGCAGGAGACGGAUAAGAGCGACAAAAUCAGUACGGCGCAUUUCAGAACCAUUGAGACUUGCACGGUGCUGCCGUGGAUUGAAGAGGGCGUGUUUGAUGGGAGCAGAUUUGAUGGGAGCGGUUUGGAAAAGGGAGGAGGAGGGGAAAUGGAGGGGCAGGAGCGGCGGAGAUUCGUCCGCGUUGUAAUUCGAGGAGAGUCGUUUAUGCUUCACCAGAUCCGCAAGAUGGUGGGAACGGCAUUAGCCAUCCUGCACGGUGCCAUUCCCCCCUCCAUGCUGCUGCCCUCCCUCGCCCGCCACUCCCGCAUCGUGCUGCCCCUCGCUCCGCCCCAAGGCCUCCUAUUGGCCGACUGCUCCUUCAUGCCCUUCCGGGCGCCGAAGCUGCCCGGAAACAAAUCUUCCUCCUCUGCUGCUGAACUCGAUGCUUCUCAGUCCAUCACGCCUCUAGAAGCUGAAUCAACAGACCGUCUCAAGCAGCAGCAGCAGCAGCAGCAGCAGCAGCAGCAGCAGCAGCAGGAGGAGGAGGAGGAGGCUGCAAGGCUAUACACUCAGUGGCACUGUCUUGAAUCCCCUCGCGAAAUUGCCGGCACCAACACACAAAACACCCUCCGUAUGUCCCCUGCCGUGUGCGAGAGAGUAGAGGCAUUCACUGAAAGGCACAUUUUACCAGCCAUGCUGCAGUGGGUGGAUGCUGAGGGGGAGCCGUGGAGUGGGUGGGAGGAGAACCUUUUAGCGUACCAGUGGGUAUCUGAAGAAGAGGAGAGGGAAGUGGUGGAGGGUUAUACCAAGUGGAAGCAGGGGAGAGCGGACAGAGGCUACUAG